GGGCGGCGGGCGUGUCGGCCGUUCCGGGCGGCGAUGGAAUGGGCACCGCCAUUUUACCGUGGGCUACCCGAUCGGUGUAACGUCCCGCCGGCCGCGGCUUUCACCCCGCAGUGCCAAGGCCGCGACUCGUUUUAUAACCCUGCUGGUCGGAGCGAGGAGAAGGCCGGCGCCGCGUAUCCACUUACCCGAGGCCAGCAUGGGUUCCCCGGGCCGGAGAGGAACCGGGCCGGGGGCGACUGGAGGCCUGGUGCCCCCUCCUACCAAGGCGGCCGGGACCGAGGGCCCCCCGGAGGCCCGGCGGCGUCUCUGGGCAGAGUGGAGCGGCUAGAGGAGCAGCCCUGGGACCAGGGGCGUCAGGAGCAUCGGGACCAGUACCCGGCCCAGGGGGACAAGCCCCUGGAAUGCUCUCCCCGCCCAUGGGGGCGCGACCACCCCCCUUACCCUCACCAGGACUUCCCUCCUCGCCCGCAGGAGCAUCAUCAGGACCACCCGCCUCACGCAUCUGAACGUCCUCCCAACCCCUGGGAUCAGGGUCACCAAGGGCAGCUACCCCGCCCGCAGGACUACCCUCCCCACCUGCGGGCUCCUGAGCAGAAGGAGCCCCCGUCCCAUCAGCAGACAUAUCAAUGCAGAGACCAGCCCUGCGUCCCUGGGGCAUUUCUACGACAGGACCAUCCAGCGUAUCCGUAUCAAGAUUAUCCCCAGCAGGGACAGUCGUAUCAUCUUCCUCCACACCCCUACCAACAGAAACACCUGGAUUCUCAGCAACAGUAUCCCUUUCGGGCGCAUUCGCAUCCCGAGCAACACCCACCCUUCCCAGAGAGAAUUGGUCCACCUCCUAACAUUCAAAAUGUGACUUCUCAAGGUGAAAACACUUCGUGCCAGAACCAAACUAUACCUCAAAGUGGAGGUCUUAACUUAUCCACUGGAUAUGGACCCCAAAAUUCUCAAUUAAUGAAUCAGAGCCAUAAUAAUCAACAGAACUUCCCAAAUUUAUCAGUGGAUGUACCAUCUUGGAAAAAUGAACAUGGCAUACAGUACAAAAGUGAUGAAAUGGCAAUGCCUUGGCCCAGUAUUACUAAUUUCCCACAAGGUUUGAAAGAUAGCAGUAUGGUGCAGCAACAGAGAAAUGAAUCAAUGACCAAAUUCUUGUCACCAGAACUAUUCUCUCAUGACUUCAAAAACAGUGAAUCGACAAAUGAGCAAGAUGAAUUGUGGCUAAUGAGGUUUGUGUCAAAAUGUAAACUGCAGGCUUCAGAGAUUAAAAAAUCCAAACCUGUGCCAUUAGUUAGUGAAGUGAAAGAAUCUGUGCUAAGUGCUUGUAAACUUGUGGCUGAGCUUACUGCUUUAUGUCAGCAAUUAAGACAAAAUGUAGAAAAUGAAGAGAUUUGGACAGAAUCGUACCUAAAAGCAAUUGAGAUAAAAAAUGUUUUACAGGAAAAAUUAAAGACUCUGACAGAUAGUGAGUACCUCAGUUCUGUGAAAAAGAAACUGGAAGCAAUUAAAAAGAAAAGAAAAAAUAUUCAAAGGAAGAAGCAAGAGUGGUGCUUAGAAAAACAGGAGCAAAAGGCAAGGAUGGCAGAAAAGGAAGCAAAAAUUGACACAUGGAGAAUGAAGUGUGUCCGAGAAGUUGAAGAGAAGAAAAGGGAACGUGAACUAAAAGCUGCAGCAGACAGUGUCUUGUCAGAAGUGCGGAAAAAACAGGCGGAUGCAAAAAGAUUAGUGGAUGUCCUCCGGGCUCUGGAAAAAUUACGGAAACUAAGGAAGGAAGCCGCAGCUAGAAAAGGUGUUCAUCCUCCUCCUUCAGCUGAUGAAAACUUUGAGCAUCAUAUUGAAAGGCUUAGAAAAUUAAUUAAAAAACGCAGUGAUCUGUAUGAUGCAGAAGAAAGAGCCUUGAGAGUGAUGCUAGAAGGAGAACAAGAAGAAGAAAGGAAAAGAGAAAAUGAGAAAAAGUUGAAAAAAGAAAGAGAGAAACUAGAAAAACAGCAACGUGAAGUUGAAUCCAUGCUUUUUGGAGAUCCAGAAUUGCCUGCAGACCACCCACUACAGCCGUUUCGCCAAUAUUAUCUGCAAGCUGAACAUUCUUCUCAUGUUCUUGUGCAAAUCAGGCAAGAAUGGGAUCGAUACCUUGUCCCAGGAGAUCAUCCUGAUGGGAGUAGUAUUCCGCAAGGUUGGGUCUUUCCAUGCCCACCUUCAUCAGACGUAUGGGGAACUGCACUCAAACAGAAUGAGAGUUGAUGUUGUUCUCUUCAGCCUGAGCUAUUUUGUUAAAGAUUAGUAUCUGUUUUAUAAUAAAUAGAUGUGCAUUUACCUCAUUUAGAGUCUGUGACUGUUUGAUACUAUAUGAAAUUCAUAAAACUGAUGGCUUUGCAAGCAAAGGUGGUACAAAACAAGUCUCCCGAGGUGCUUUAUGAUGCUGUAGGUCUCUAAGUGAUCAGCAGUUAUGAAGCCGUGUCACUAAAGCAGCUGUGCCAAGUAAGAAAUGCGGUAAAACUCAGAUAAUCUGUUAUCUGAUCAUUCAGAAGUGCUGAUGGUGUGGCAUCUGGCUGACCAGGUAACAUUUACCACACUCUAACUGGCCAGGGGCCUGGUUCCUGUGCUCCCUACCACUUACUGGGGCCCUGUAUCCCAUGCACACUUUAAACUUACCUGGUUCACUGGGAAGUUUACAGUAUUACUGUAUUACAUCUGAACAAGUGAAUUAAAAAUGUGUUGAGCUAUUAAUAUUAACAAUAUAUAAUGGUCCAGAAAAUUUGCUAAUCCAGCACCACCAAUGUCCUGAGCAUGCUGGAUUAUUGGAGUUUUACUGUGUAUGAAACUUAUAACUAGUUGAAUAA